CAACCCCACAAGGCCCAACAUGGCGUCCGCGUUGCCAUGGUAACGGUCACUUCCGGCAUCCCCGCGCCCUCUUCCGGUCCGGCGCGUUCAAGAUGGCGGCGCCCACGGCGGAGCCGCUGCCGGUGCUGCGGAUCGUGGCCGAGUGCGGGCGGAGCCGCGCCCGGGCCGGAGAGCUGCGGCUGCCGCACGGGAACGUGCCCUGCCCCGUCUUCAUGCCCGUGGGCACCCGCGGCACCGCCAAGGGCCUGACGGCCGCGCAGCUGGCGGCGCUCGGCUGCCGCAUCUGCCUCGGCAACACCUUCCACCUGGGAACGCGSCCGGGCUCGGAGCUCGUCCGGCGCUCCGGGGGCCUCCACGGGUUCAUGGAUUGGCCCCACAACCUCCUGACGGAGCCGAUAUCGUGAUGCAGUUGGACGAUGUCGUGAGCAGCACCACAACGGGACCGCGCGUCGAGGAGGCCAUGG